AUGGGAGGAUUAGAGCAGUGGUGCAAGGAGCUACGGAAGGAAAAACAGAUGAAAGUUUUUGUGUUUCGAGUUUUGAUUUUUGGAUUUCUGGUCUCGCACGUGUCCACAUAUAGCAAUGGACUGGUCUAUAAAGCAUGUAACACAAUGACGCCACAACAUGGCGUCUCUGCACAGACAACAGAGCCGCCAUACAGUGUGUUUGCUUCUAGCCACACAUACAGACCUGCAGAAGAAAUCACAGUCACUCUGCAGGCAAGUCCUGAAACAUAUUUCGAAGGGUUUCUCCUUCAAGCACGCAGUAUACCAGAAAAUGAAAUUGUUGGCCAUUUCAUUGUGACAGACCCUAAAUCUAGAAAUCUCACUUGUGCUGAGAAUGUGGAUUCCACUGUUACCCAGACAGAUUCAAGCAAAAAAAACAACAUUUCAGCUCUGUGGGUGGCACCAGCGUCUAUCAGCAGUGUAAUAAUUAAAGCAACAUUUCUUCAAUCAAAGAGUAUAUUCUGGGUGGGUGUUGAAGGUCCUGAGCUCACUACACUGUGCCCCACAAUAUACAGUAUACCUGAGACUUGCGGUACACAGAAGAUUUGCCUCAGCAGUCCUUCUGACUGUGACCCCUCCAAAAGUAGUAACUGCUUCUUUAUGUCCUCUGCUAUGACUGAUGACGGUGCAUAUAAUUUUGAGAUCAGCGGCCUUUCUGGAGGAUAUGUUUCAAUUGGCUUUUCAGAUGACCAGCUCAUGGGAGAAGAUGACGUAUACAUCUGUGGGAUAAAUUCAAAUGGACAAGUAGAAAUCCAGCAUGCCUACACUGAAGGAAGGAAAACACCUCUCAGUUUACCUUUGGGUAAUGUAAAUGUCAGCAUGACAUCAUUCACCAGCGGCGUGAUACAAUGUUCUUUCACUUCAAGAAAUCAGAUCUCAACGCAACUUCCUGCCCGCCAAGCCCGAUCCAGUAACAGUUCUGAUACGUACUACAUAUUAUUUGCUUAUGGAUCUGCUGAAAACGGAAGAAUCCGAUUUCAUGGGCCAGGUGUAUUCUCCAGUGACACCAAAAUUAAUCUCGCUGUAGCUUCCAAUGUGACUCAGAAAGAGUACAGCACGCCCAUAAUGGUAAAGACGCACGGGGCCCUCAUGCUUAUUGCUUGGAUGACUACAGGAAGUUUAGGGAUGAUUAUUGCUCGAUAUUUCAAAACUGCUGCAAAGAAACCAAUUUUGGGCAAAGCACUUUGGUUCCAGGCUCACCUAGUGUUCAUGGUUUUGACAGUGGCUGCAACAAUAGUGGCAUUUGUAUUAUCAUUUGUACAAGCUAAAGGAUGGGUGUACUAUGUCAGCACUCAUGCUAUUCUUGGGUGCAUUGUGAUGAUUCUGGCCUUUUUCCAACCCAUAAUUGCCUUUUUUCGACCUUCACCAGAGAGCAAGCAGAGAUACAUUUUUUAUUGGUUUCAUGUAGCCAAUGCCCUGGUGAUGAAAGUCUUGGCAGUGGCAAAUCUUUUCCUGGGCUUUCAGUUCAUCGAUCAGAGACUCGGAUGGAUGGUUAAAGUCAUGGGAGGCUUUGUUGGCUGGGGAGCUUUAACCGUCAUUUGCUUUGAGAUCAAUGCUUAUCUAGCCAGGAAAGAAAUGAAUAAAUUAGCAGACAAGGAAAGCAAAGAAGCCUCGGUGAAAUCAGAGGUUUAUCUGCUAAUUAUCUACCUGUGUGGGAACCUGGCAUUCCUGAUUACAUUGCUUGUGGGAAUUGGACUGUCAUAGGAGAGAUAAUAAUCAGAUUGAGCACAUG